AUGGAACAUGGUACCAUUGUUAAGUGGCAUAAAAAAGAAGGUGAUGAAGUAGAGGAAGGUGAUUUGAUAUGUGAAAUUGAAACUGAUAAAUCGGUGAUGGCAUUUGAAGCGUCCGAGGAAGGUGUCUUAGCCAAAAUUUUGGCGCCUGAUGGUACGAAAGGUAUCAAAUUGGGAAAACCUAUUUGUGUUUUCGUUGAUAAGAAAGAAGACUGUAGUGCGUUUGCUAAUUUCAAAGUUGAUGGUGUUCAGUAUGAAACAAUAGGUACAGCUUCGGCUGUACCUAAAGCUAAUACGAUGACUGCAACAACCGGAAACUGUCGGUCAUCUAUUAUCUCUCCUUCUCGAGCUAUGAAAUCCGAAGGUAAUCGUAUCGUUGCUAUGCCAUAUGCCCGGAAAUUAACUACUGCCCCGGGUAUCAACUUGUUGGAAAUUGAUGAUAUCAAUUUAAAUGGACGACAUAAUACUGCAGAAGUAAGCAAAACUGCUACUGAUAAUAUUGCAAUGAAUGAAAAAAGUAUUGUAUCGGGAAAAAAACAAAAAGAAGAUGGAAAACAAGUUUUAUCUGAUAAUUCGAAAUAUAAAGAUAUACCACUUACGACUAUGAGAGAAACAAUUGCUAAACGUUUAUCAUUUAGUAAACAAAAUAUACCACAUUAUUAUCUUACUUCUGAAAUUAAAAUGGACGAAUUAUUGAAGAUGCGAGUAAAUUUAAAUGCUGAUCUAAAAGAUCAAAGUGUCAAAAUAUCCAUAAAUGAUUUUGUCAUUAAAGCAUCUGCAUUAGCAUGUAUGGAUGUACCCGAAGUGAAUAGCUUCUUUUUAGAGAAAGAAAAAGUUAUCCGUCAAAAUUUAACUGUUGAUAUUUCUGUUGCUGUAAAAACAGAAACAGGCCUUAUAACACCUAUCGUUCACAGUGCUCAUAUUAAAAGUUUGGCGGAAAUCAGUACUGAAAUUAAACAAUUAGCAAAUAAGGCGCAUAAUAAUAAGCUGAAACCAAACGAGUAUAUGGGUGGUACAUUUACUGUAUCAAAUUUGGGAAUGUUCGGUAGCAUACAUCAUUUUACAGCAAUUAUCAAUCCACCACAGUCAUGCAUUUUAGCUGUUGCUGGUUCAGAGCGUAAAGUUGUACCUGAUGAUAAUGAAAAUGGGUUUAAAAUUAUAACAACAAUGCUUGUGACAAUGUCUUGUGAUCAUCGUGUUGUUGAUGGCGCUGUUGGUGCAAUUUGGUUAAAACAUUUUAAGGAAUAUAUGGAAAAGCCUGAAAUUAUGCUAAUGUAA